AACGCGGGGGAGUUUAAAAGCGGCGGCGGCGGGGCAGCGGGCGCCAGUGCGAGUCGGGAUCUAAAAAAGUUGGGUUCGCUCGGGAUUUGCAGCACACAGAGAGGAUGGCGAAGAGAGCGCAGCCGCCCCACCUGCACCUGGCCGAACUGACCGCCUCGCAGUUCCUCGACAUCUGGCAGCACUUCGACGCCGACGGUAACGGCUACAUCGAGGGCAAGGAGCUGGAGAACUUCUUCAGGGAGCUCGAGAUUGCAAGAAGAGGGGCCGGCGUGCAGGACCCCAGUAAUGCCAAUUUCAAAGAAAAGAUGAAAGAGUUCAUGCAAAAAUUUGACAAGAACGCAGAUGGAAGAAUUGAGAUGUCUGAGCUGGCUCAAAUCCUGCCCACAGAGGAGAACUUCUUGCUUUGCUUCAGACAGUUUGUGGGGUCCAGCUCUGAGUUCAUGGCGGCGUGGCGGAGAUAUGACACAGACCGCAGUGGAUACAUUGAAGCCAAUGAGCUCAAGGGAUUCCUCUCAGACCUGCUGAAGAAGGCCAACCGGCACUACGAUGACCAGAAGCUGCAUGAGUAUACACAAACAAUACUGAAGAUGUUCGACCUGAAUGGAGAUGGGAAGCUGGGCCUGUCGGAAAUGGCCAGGCUACUACCCGUUCAGGAAAAUUUCUUACUCAAAUUCCAGGGUAUCAAGCUGACCUCAGAGCAGUUCAAUGCUAUCUUUGCUUUCUAUGACAAGGAUGGGAACGGCUACAUCGACGAGCAGGAACUGGACGCUCUGCUCAAAGAUCUGUAUGAGAAGAACAACAAGGAAAUUGAUGUUCACAAUCUGACUGGCUACAAGAAGAGCAUCAUGGCCCUGUCAGACGGGGGCAAGCUGUACCGCAAGGAGCUGGAGAUCGUGCUGUGCCGGGAGCCCAUCCUUUGAACCGCAACCCCAGUCCCCAGAGCCACUUGGCCUCGUCCGGCCAACGUCCCUGACCGCAGAUCGCAGCCACGCCAGUUGCCUAACUGUGUUGUAACCAGUUGCAUGUGCUGUGCUCUCCUUCCCUUUCCUCUCAUUGUGCACUUAGAAGCACAAACGACUUCUUUGCUCUUCGAUUCUUGCUCUUCUCUUUGAUUGCGCCCCUUUCCCGACCCUGCACUUCAGUUUAUGCCAGUUGCAGAGUGAUAGUCAGUGGCUUGUUUUUAAAACCUUAAAAUAAAUCAGUAAAAUAUAACAACUCUUGCUAUAUUAGCUAAUAUUAUGAAUAUAAUAUAAUGUAUGCUAAUUAAAAUGCUUGGUUUGACCUUUGAGCUCCCCUUAAUCUUCCAAACAGUUUUUUGUUAUGUUUUUCAUGCUGUAUUCCACUUGCCUUUAUGACACUAUUGCAUUGUUUGUUUUUGUUACUUGCUUAUACUGUU